AUGGAGACUAAACAGUUCCAGAAGCACUCCUGUCUACGCUGGACGUGGGAGUCACCCGGUGGAGGGUACCAUACUGAAAUUGACCACAUCAUCAUCAGUAAAAGGUUUUGCCUGACUGAUGUCGCUGUUGUGCCAAAGUUUUAUAAUGGAUCGGACCAUCGCCUCCUCCGCGGAAGAUUUUCGUUCGCUAGGAGAGAAGAGAAAGCCGGCAAGUUCAGAAAGCGAAGUCUCAGAACUAUCAUCUACUGGGAUCUCUUCGCUACGCUAGCUGGCUUUUGGGAAGAUUCCGCAAUGGACAACAUAAAUGAAGAAUACGACCGGUUCGUUGAAGAUCUUCAUGACUGCACGAGGAAUGCUCAGAGUUCUAAAACCACCAAGAGACGGCUGUCUCUCGAAACUCUUGACCUGAUAUGUCAGUGUGGAGCUGCACGAGCAGCACUCAACCAAGAACUCACGUCCAAGCUCACAAAGCUUUGCAGAAGGGCUAUAAAGGAAGACCUCAAAGAGAGAAGAGCAGAAGUGGUGGCUGAAGCUGUUGAGCCGGGAAAGAGCAUUCACUACGCCCGUCGAGAAUUCGCCAAUCGAAAGACGAGGAUGAGUGCUCACCGGAACCCAAAUGGAACAGCCUAG